AUGUCCACCACAACUCAAGAGCUUCCCGCUGUGCUACAAAACAUUUCACAAUUGCUCAGAACAGAAGAUGAUCUAGACAAAGUCGAAUCGUUAAAAGAACAACUAAUAAAGGAAAAAUCUUCCCUAGAUAUCCAAUUGAGAUCCAAAUCUACCGCUGAGUUGGAAUCCACUAUAGAGAAUAUCAAUUUGCUAAGUGUUUGUCAAGAAGAUGUCCGUGGAUUGAAAGACGACAUAUCUAAAAUCAACAAAAUUGCUGGUGAUUCCUUUGGAUCUAUAAAAAGAUACGAGUUAAUCAACAAAAUCACCAAAGUGCAUGAGAUUUUUGAUCAAAGUACUGAUAUUGUGGAGAAAAUUAGUUCAUUUAACCAAGAUUUGGACGAAAUUGAUCAAUUGAUAGAUGCUGAAGAUUAUGAAAAUGUUGAUAUAGAUUAUGAAGUUCCAAAUUUGUUAUUAAUACACUACAAAUUGAACAAACUAAGAGAUUUUCAAGAAAGAUUACUUGAACUUGGUGAACAUUCAAAUGAAGAUUCAAAAUUCAUUGUUAAAAAAGUCAUCACCAAGAUUUAUGAUGUUAUAAAAAAAUUCGACACACUUUUGGAAAAUAUUAUCGUUGGAUUAGUUGAAUCUGUGAAAAUUACAAAUAAUAGUUUAGUAAUAAGAUUAGCCAAAAUCAUUGAUUUUGAAGAACGUGAAGAUCUAAAGAUUGAAUCUGUAAAAGAAGUUCUGACUCAAAAGAAUGUCAAGGGAUCAUCAAAUAGAGGACUUUUCGAUCAAAUCAUUAAUGGAACAAUUCAAGGUCGUAUACAACAAAGAAACUAUAAAAAAUUCUUUCUGACUAAGAUUGAAGAAAGUAUACAAGAAAUUUUCCAAAAUUGUUGGGAAACAUAUCAACAAAAGGAUAACAUGUUUGAGAUUUUAGAUAAUUUAGAUUGGGUUUUCCAUGAUUUAAUGAGUAUAAAGUUGGAUAUGUCUAAAUUAAUGCCUUCAAGAUGGGAUAUAUUCAAAGUAUAUUAUGACUUAUAUUAUAAAGAGUUAAACAUUUUAAUAAAUCGUUUAAUUGAAUCUGAACCGGAAACUUUAAUCAUUUUAGAAAUUUUAGAUUUUGAUAAUAAAUUUAAAGAUAUUAUGGUUGAAGAAUUUGGUUUUUCAAAACAAGAAAACAAAACAAUUAUUGGUGAAAAAGAGAAAGAAAAAUUGUUAUCAGAUUAUUUGAGUUUGAUUAUAUUGAAGAUGAACGAAUGGAUGACCAAUUUAUCCAAAACUGAACAAGAUGUUUUCAAAUUACGUAUACAAGCACCAGAUGUUGAUUCUGAAAAUCUUUAUGCAUUGGAAGGUACCAAAAUUGUUUUUCAAAUGUUUACACAACAAUGUGAUGUUGCUUCAGGAUCAGGUCAAGGUAAAAUUCUUGCAGGUGUUGUGGAAGAAUUUGGUAAAUUACUGAUUACAAGACAAGCAAGAUGGAGUGGAUUAAUUAAAACUGAAGUUCAAAAAUUAUUAACUAUUAAUCAUAAAGAACCUUCAUCUGGUAAAAAUUCAAGUACUACUGAAGAAACUGAAGAAGAUACUGUACCACCUGGUUUAAUUGAAUAUUUAAUUGCCCUGGCAAAUGAUCAAAUGAGAGGUGCUGAUUAUACAGAAGCUAUAUCAAAUAAAUAUGGUGGAAUGGUUAGUAAGAAAUAUAGUACCAUGAUUCAUGAUUCAUUAGAACAAGUUAUUGAUGGAUUUGCUAACUUGGCCAAACAAUCAUGUGAUGCAUUGAUUGUUAUCAUAUUUGAUGAUUUGAAAGUUGCUUUAGAUGAAAUUUUCUCCAAAAAUUGGUAUAAUUCAAAUUAUUCACAACAAAUUUCUGAUACAUUAUAUGAAUAUCUUGGUGAUUUAAAACAAUCAACAAAUUCAUAUUUAUUUGAAAUUUUAUCUGAAGAGAUUGUGGAAGAAACUAUAUUAAGAUAUUUGGGUAACCUGAAUAAAGAUAGUUUGAAAUUGAAAAAUAGUCAUGAUAAAUUUGUUAAUACUGUUAAGGCAGAUUUUGAAAUUUUUUAUAAAUUAUUUAUUAAUUUUGUUGAUCAAUCAAUAAUUGAUGAUAAAUUUAGAAUAAUUGAGGAUUUCAUGGAUUUAAGUUCUGAACAAGAUGAUGAUCAAGUUGUUCAAUUAUGGUUAAAUACAGUUUCCAAAUUCAAUGAUAUAAAUAUUGAUUUCUUGAAUUUAAUUUUAAAAGCUAGAAAAGAUACAGGUUCAUCAGAUUCGAAAGCUAUUUUAGCCAAAGCUAAAUCUGAACAAGAUCUAUAUUUACAAGAACAUCAAUAUGAAUUGACACCUUCAUUUAUGAAUAGAUUUAUUAUAUCUAAAAAAUUGAAAAAAUAA